AGCGCGCGGGGUUGGCCUAAUUGGCAGAGGGCGGAGCUCAUGGGCGGGGAGUCUCGGAAGCACUCGCUUACUGGCUCGGAGCUCUCGGUCCGUCGCUAGACCGUUCCCCGGCGUUUCUGCGCUACUGCCUGCUGCGAGCCCCGGGACUCCGUAGGUGCUCGGCUUCCUCGUUGCCGGCUUGGGCUUCGUACUCCGCCCGCCUGCCCAGAUCGAGCGGGGCCGGAACAUGGCGGCGUCAGGCCUGGAUCAUCUAAAAAAUGACUACCGAAGAAGAUUUUGCCGGCCUUCCAGGGCACCUGACAUUAAUACUAACCAAAACCAGAACAUGCUGGAAAUCUUACAAAACUGUUUUGAAGAAAAAAGUCUCAUUGAUGACAUUAUUACAAAUUCUACAAAAGCAGAGCUUUAUUCAACUCCCAAAAUGAAAACCAGUUGUACUAAGUCACCAAGCAAAGAUUGCCAGAAAUCACAUCCAGGGUCAUUUCCAAUUUCUUCAAGAAAGAAAGAAGCCUCUCUGCAAGGCAUUUUAGAACCCAGUGAAGCUGCCAGCAGAUCAGUUCAGGCCCAUGGAAUUUAUCAGAAAAUUCUGGCAGCUGAUGUUUGUUCUAAGAGUACACCUGACUUGACAAAAAACUCAGGUAAAAAACUAAGUGGUCUUUGCCCUGAAGCUGAUGAAGAAUUUUACAUAUCAGUUGGCUCGCCCACUGUUCUUUUGCAUGAAAAACCAUCUGAAUCGCAAAAUGCUGUUUCAUCUACCCAAAAGAGAGAAACUUAUACUUUUGGAAAUUCAGAACAUACGCUGUCUUCAAGUACAGAGAUUUCUCUUAAAACCAAAAAAAGGUUAAACUUUGAAGAUAAAUAUAUUUUGAAAAAAGUAGAGAGAGAGACUAACAAGUCAGAAGUAGAAGAUAAAGUAUCAGGACAACAAGAAAGGAGACGAUCAGAAACAUCUCCAAAAAGAGUACAAGAUACAGAAUAUGAAGUUCAAUCCCAAGCUAAAAAGAGUUUUUCAAAAUUGUUUUUAGAAACUGUAAAGAGAAAAGGUGAAUCCAGUCCCAUUGUUAGGCAUACAGCAAUGGCUCCAUCUCAUUUAUCUCCUCCAAAUGAUACAAAAUUGUUGGAAGAUGAAUUUAUAAUUGAUAAGUCAGAUAGAAGUUUUGCCUCUCAAUCUUGGAUUACAAUACCAAGAAAGAGUAGACCUUUGAAACAACAUACAGUAUCCUCUGUUGAGAGCACUGCAGUCCUUCAAUGUGAGAAGCCAAGAGAACAUCAGAGUGUAUUACCUGUGACUCUGACAAGUGACAAACAUUUACAUAAAGCUCACCCAGAAGAGAAAUCUGAGCCUCUUAAUGAAAAGAAACCAAGUACAAGUUGUACUUUGACGGAUGAAUUGGAAAGUAAUUGUAGAUCUAUAAAAAUGUAUUCUGAGAAAGCUGAAAAACCAUCUGGAAACAAAAGGACUACAAAGAAAAAACAGAAAAGAAAAUUGAAGACCAGUGUAGUUGAAGAACAGCCUGAUACAGGACAGACUAAAGAUGAAAAUAUGUCACAUAUUGCCCAAGACAAGUUACCAAGAAAUUCAGACAGAAUUACUGAAGGUUGUGAAGAGAUGAGAAACGGUCACAAUGCCAAAAAAGAGAUGCCUCCUGUGGAAAAUAUGAAAACAAAAUGUAGCACCAAAAAAGAUAAGAAAGAAUCCAGAAAGAAGCAUUUUUCCAGUGAGUCUAAGAGGAAGAAACUUGUACCUGAAGAAAUGACUUUGACUAUCACGAGAAGUCACAGAGUUUCUAGGCGUCCAUCUGAUUGGUGGAUGAUAAAUGCAGAGGAAAGUCCUGUUCAUAGCAAUUCAGUAAGAAAUGAUAUAUUGGUGUAUCACAACAGUAGACAAAAACCUUCUAAGAAAAUUGUGAAAAAAACUAUUCUAUCAAAAAGACAGAAGACAUCUACUCAACGCAGCUCAAGAGUACAAAAGUUUUUAAAUGUUAAAGGUUCUGGAAGUAUUAUUGGCCAUGAUGAACUAAAGGCUCAGACCAGUGAAGAUACAUGCAAGACACCAGGAGAGUCUAAUUUGGAUUCUGGAGAGUCUAAAACUUCAGUUUUAGAAGAAAGUGGACCUUCUAGGCUCAACAAUUAUUUAAUGUCCAGAAAGAAUAAUUCUGCUGUGAAUAAUGAGGUUCAAGAAAGUGUAGACGACUCAAGAGUAAAAGGAUCCAAAGUGGCACCAAGGAAUGAAGUGCAUCACAAAUUAGUAUUACCUUCCAACACACCAAAUGUUCGCAGGACCAAGAGAAUACGUUCAAAACCUUUGGAAUACUGGCGAGGAGAGCGAGUAGAUUAUCAAGAAACACCAUCAGGAGGACUUGUGAUUGGUGGAAUACUAUCCCCAGAAACAGUAAUAUCUAAAAGGAAGGCAAAAGGAAAUGUGGGAAAAGUCAACAAAAUAUUAGUGCUAAAUCUGGAUAUACCCCUAGGAGAUCCUUUCCAGCCAACUCAAGUAAAGGACCCAGAAACAAGAGAGAUUAUUCUCAUGGAUCUUAUAAGGCCACGAGAUACAUACCAAUUUUUUGUUGAGCAUGGCGAGUUAAAAGUAUAUAAAACAUUGGAUACACCCCUUUUUUCUACUGGGAAGUUGGUAUUAGGACCAUAUGAAGAAAAGGGAAAGCAGCAUGUUGGUGAAGAUAUACUGGUUUUUUAUGUUAAUGUUGGUGACCUUUUGUGUACCUUACAUGAGACACCUUAUAUGAUAACUACUGGGGAUUCAUUUUAUGUUCCUUCAGGUAAUUACUACAACAUCAAAAAUCUCCUGAAUGAGGAAAGUAUACUUCUGUUUACUCAAAUAAAGAGAUGAAAUGACAAGUCUAAUCUCUACAGAAACGGGCUGAGACACGUCUCAGGAUGUUCCCAUCCUUGAACUAUUCCUUCAAGGGAAGACAAACAGGAUUGCAGCUAUGGGAAGUAUGACAGGGGGCGCGAUCUCUUCUUGGAGCAGAGUCAGCAGCACAAGCAAACUAUCUCGGGAAUGACCUCUCAUACCCUUCAGCCACAGCCUGCUGGGCCUGCAAGAUUAGUAAACUUGAAUGUGUGACUCUUUGCCAAGAGGAUCUUCCCUUAACUUCAUGUCAUUGCAGCUUGGACAUUUGUCUCUAAAAUGUUCGCCAUCACUGUUACCUAUAACAGGCCCUUCCUCUGUCUCUGGCUUUCUUGUUAUCCUCUCUCUUUCCCUCUUCCUUCUUCUUUCUUCUCCCCCUCCCCCUUCUCCUCCCUCUCUCCCUCUCCCUCUGGGCCUUCUGGCCAACAUGAGAUGAGCAGUUUUGUUCCACCAUGUGCUGUUGCCUUGAAGUUCUGCUUUGCAAGCCCAGAAACAGUACAGCCAUGUAACCAUGGGUGGCAACCUCUGAAAUUGAGCCAAAGUAAGUAUUUCUUUCUUGAACUGAAUUCUCUUGCCUACUUUGUUAGCAUUUAUUUGACCAUGUUUCUAGGUACUGUAUUGAUCCUAUUAGAUAUUUGGUGAAAUGGUGACAUUUGAAUGUUAAUUUUUCAGUCAGAUUUGGGAGGUUGGGGCUAAUAUUUAACUUUCUUUUCUCCUUUAUCUUGCCUCUCUUCCUCAUUGCACAUAUUUUGGAGUGCUUUUUUGUUGUCUCAGAUCUUCGAAGCUCUAUUUUUCCCAAUUUAUUAAGUUUGAUAUUUUUGUUGAUAUAUCUUUAAAUCACACUAGUUUACUAUGUCCAAUUUGCUAUUGAGCUCAUCUAAUAAAGAUUUACAUUUCAAAUUUUAGUUAUUUUGCUUUAUAGCC